GCACCCCGCAGCUGUACGCUGAAGAUCGUCGCUGGCUUUACAGCUUCCAUUUAGGUCGCAAAUCUGUCAAUUGCUCCCUCCGUCCUUGCUGUCAGUCAUUAAAAAAAAUCGACCUGAACAGGUUUUUGGAGCGCAUAUCAAACAGUUCCCAGUUCAGCUCUCUUCCCCGUGAGCUGGGGGAGUCAGAGCGACGAGUCAAUGCAAAUCAUCGCGUUCGCGGCUGUGCGCGCUUU